AUGUCCUCCUUCUACACCCACUACUACAACGAGCCCUGGCCCUCCUACUACGUCCCCGAACCCUGGAAAAUCACGUCCAUCCCCCACCACUUCCCCGAACACCACUACCCCCUCGAACACACCCGCCACGCCAUCGGCCGCACCAUAUCGACUCUCGGCCAUGCCAUGACUCAUCCCUGGGAAGCUGUUGUUCCAACAUUCACGCCACGGAUUGAUGUGAGGGAGAGCGAGAAGUGCUAUUAUGUUGACGUUGAGUUGGCGGGGGUUAAGGGCAGGGAUAAGGUCAAGUUGCAGUGGUUGAGUAGUCGGACGUUGUUGCUGGAGGCGAAGACUGAACGGCCGUUGACGGGGGAGGAGGGGGAUGAGGAUGGGAAGGAGGGAAAGGCGAAGGCUGCUGGCACCGGUGAUGGAGGAGAAGGAGAAGGAGAGGCAGAAGGCGCCAUGCUCGGCUCACCACUGACUCGCACCGAGACACGGGAGAGCAUUGAUCCAAAUGCUCCUGCUGCGAAGAAGAAGGCCGCACCGCCAAAGAUCUCAUUGUUCACAACCGUCAAAGAGCGACAGGUCGGGACUGUGGCGCGGGCUUUUACUUUCCCCAGCGCGGUUGAUCAUGCAACUAUGAAUGCGCACCUGGAAUGUGGCUUGCUGAGCUUGAAGGUCCCGAAGAUCUCUGAUGAGGGGGUUAAGGAUGAGCAUAAGAUGCCGGAGGUCAAGGAGGGGGCGAAGGGGGAGGAGAGGGCGAAGAUUUGA